AUGAAGUUCGCAGAGCAUCUUUCUUCCCAUAUCACACCGGAGUGGAGGAAACAGUACCUUCAAUAUGAGGCGUUCAAGGACCUGCUGUAUGCUGCCCAGGACCAAGCUCCCUCCAUAGAAGUCACGGACGAUGACACCGUGAAGAGGUACUACGCCAAGUUUGAAGAAAGCUUUUUCCAGACAUGCGAGAAGGAACUCUUAAAAAUCAACACAUUUUAUUCAGAGAAGCUGGCUGAGGCCCAGAGGCGUUCGGCCACACUACAGAAUGAGCUGCAGUCGUCCCUGGAUGCUCAGCGGGAGAGUGUGACCCCUCCAGGCCUCCGCAGACGGAAAACCAUGUUCCACCGCUCCCAGGAGGAACGAUGCCAACACCGCAACAUUAAAGACCUGAAACUGGCCUUCAGCGAGUUCUACCUCAGCCUCAUCCUGCUACAGAAUUACCAGAACCUGAACUUCACAGGUUUCCGAAAGAUUCUAAAGAAACAUGACAAGAUCCUGGACACAUCUCGAGGGGCGGACUGGCGUGUGGCCCAUGUGGAGGUGGCUCCUUUUUACACCUGCAAGAAGAUCACACAGCUUAUUUCUGAGACAGAGACACUGGUCACCACAGAACUGGAGGGAGGGGAUCGUCAGAAGGCCAUGAAAAGGCUCAGAGUACCUCCACUAGGUGCUGCUCAGCCUGCUUUGGCUUGGACAACAUUCCGAGUCGGCCUCUUCUGCGGCUUCUUCAUUAUUCUGGCCAUUGCCUUUGUUCUAACAGGUGCAGUGUUCAUUCAAUAUGAGAAUGUCUGGCCUCUGGUGCGGAUUUACCGGGGCGGAUUCCUCCUGAUACAGUUCCUGUUCCUUUUGGGCAUCAACACAUACGGCUGGAGACAGGCCGGAGUAAACCACGUCCUCAUCUUUGAAAUCAAUCCCCGAAACAACCUCUCACACCAGCACUUGUUUGAGAUCGCUGGAUUUCUGGGGGUGCUGUGGUGUGUCAGCAUCCUGUCCUGUUUGUUUUGGGAGUACACCUACAUCCCCAUGCAGAUAAACCCACUCAUUCUUUACGGAUUCAUGUUUCUGUUCCUCAUCAACCCGUUCAAGACGUGCUACUACAAGUCACGCUUCUGGCUUCUCAAAUUACUGUUCCGUGUCUUCACAGCUCCAUUUCACAGAGUGGAGUUCGCAGACUUCUGGCUCGCUGAUCAACUCAACUCUCUGGUGUUUGUUCUGAUGGACCUGGAAUAUCUCAUCUGUUUCUACAUAUUUGAGCUGCAAUGGAGCAACAACAAUGGGCUAUUACCCAAAUUUAAGAGUCCUAAUGAAUACGUCUGUCACAGCUACUCGUACGGCCUGCGCGCUGUUAUCCAGUGUCUGCCGGCAUGGCUCCGCUUCAUUCAGUGCUUGAGGCGUUACCGUGACACCAAGAGGGCCUUCCCACAUUUGGUCAACGCCGGAAAAUACUCCACCACAUUUUUCGUAGUCACCUUUGCAGCUCUGUACGCCACGCACAGAGAUCAAGGCCACACCGAUGCAGACACUUUCUUCUACAUGUUGAUCAUUUUCUCAACCAUAAGUUCCAUUUACACACUUAUCUGGGACCUGCGCAUGGACUGGGGUCUGUUUGACCUCGGAGCAGGAGAAAACACCUUUCUGAGAGAAGAAAUAGUUUAUCCUCAUAAGGCUUAUUACUAUUGUGCCAUAUUAGAAGAUGUGAUUCUGCGCUUCGCCUGGAUCAUCACCAUCUGCCUGACCACCAUGACAAAGAUCCAUUCUGUGGGAGACAUUGUUGCCACGGUGCUGGCACCUCUGGAAGUCUUUAGACGCUUCGUCUGGAACUUCUUCCGCCUUGAGAACGAGCACCUGAACAACUGUGGUGAGUUCCGUGCCGUUAGAGAUAUUUCUGUGGCUCCACUGAACGCAGACGACCAGACCCUGCUGGAGCAGAUGAUGGACCAGGAAGAUGGAGUUCGCAACCGCUCUGGCAAAAAGGCCUGGAAGAGGUCUCACAGUCUGACCCUGCGGCGCCCCCAGCUGUCCACUUCACAAUCUAAAAAAGACACAAAGGUUCUUAUUGAAGACACGGAUGAUGAGGCCUUCAGCUGA